AUGGCGGACAAGCCCAUCAACUUCUCAGAGCAUGUCCAGCUCACCAACGUUGGCAUCUCUCCCGAAAGCAUCUCGUUCGCCAACGUCACCCUCGAGUCCGAGAACUUUGUCUGCGUUCGUGAAAGCAUCAACGGUACCGACUCGGUCGUUAUUGUCAACUUGAACGACAUCAGCGAUGUCAUGAGGAGACCAAUCACCGCCGACUCGGCCAUCAUGAACCCUAUCCAGAAAAUCAUUGCUCUCAAGUCAGCGCGGCAACUUCAGAUCUUCAACAUCGAGGCAAAAGCAAAAGUCAAGUCCCAUCUCAUCAACGACGAUGUCGUCUUUUGGAAGUGGAUCAACAACACCACCCUCGCUAUCGUCACCGAGAAUGCAGUAUACCACUGGUCCAUCGAAGGCGAAGCCGCCCCUGCUAAAGUCUUUGAUCGUCACCUCAGCUUGCAAGGUACUCAGAUCAUCAACUACCGCGCAAGUCACGACGAAAAGUGGCUUGUUCUUGUUGGUAUCUCGGGUAACCCAUCUGGCGCACCCAAUGCUUUCCGUGUCAAGGGUUCCAUGCAGCUCUACUCGCGUGAACGUGGUGUCUCUCAGCCUAUCGAGGGUCAUGCCGCCGCCUUCGCAGAGCUCAAGUCCGAUACCGCUCCCAACCCGUUCAAGCUCUUCACUUUUGCCAACCGUACUGCUACCGGUGCCAAGCUCCACGUCGUCGAGAUCGACCACCAGAACGGCCAGCCUGCUUUCACAAAGAAGGCCGUCGAUGUCUUCUUCCCGCCAGAAGCUACCAACGACUUCCCCGUCGCCAUGCAGGUCAGCAAGCGUUACGCUAUCGUCUACCUCGUCACCAAGUACGGCUUCAUCCAUCUCUACGACCUCGAGAGCGGCGCUUGCAUCUACAUGAACCGUAUCUCGGGCGAUACCAUCUUUGUCACAGCAGAGCACGAGUCCACUAGCGGUAUCAUUGGUAUCAACCGUAAAGGUCAGGUCCUCUCCGUUUCCGUCGAUGAGAACACCGUCAUUCCAUACAUCCUUCGUACGCUUAACAACUCGGACUUGGCCUUCAAACUUGCUUCUCGUGGUGAUCUGCCAGGUGCCGAUGAUCUCUACUUGCAGCAGUUCCACUCGCUCUUCUCUACGGCACAGUACGGUGAAGCUGCUAAGAUCGCCGCCAACUCGCCAAGAGGUAUUUUGCGAACUUCGCAGACCAUCGAGCAGUUUAAGCAGGUUCCCAACCAGCCUGGUACCCUCUCGCCUAUUCUUCAGUACUUUGGUAUCUUGCUCGAGAAGGGUACGCUCAACAAGUUCGAAUCCUUGGAGCUUGCUCGUCCUGUGCUCAACCAGGGUCGCAAGCACUUGCUUGAAAAGUGGCUCAAGGAGAGCAAGAUCGAAUGCAGCGAGGAGCUCGGUGACAUUGUCCGUCAACACGACAUGAACUUGGCCCUCAGCGUCUACCUCCGUGCUAAUGUGCCCAACAAGGUCGUUGCCUGUUUUGCCGAGACCGGUCAGUUUGACAAGAUCGUCCUCUACGCCAAGAAGGUCGCCUACACGCCUGACUAUGCUGCUCUCCUCCAGCACAUCGUUCGCACCAACCCCGAAAAGGGUGCCGAAUUUGCCAGCAGCUUGGUCGCUGACCAGUCCGGUCCCUUGGUCGACAUUGAACGUGUCACUGACAUCUUCAUGAGUCAGAACAUGAUCCAGCAGGCUACUAGCUUCCUUCUUGAUGCCCUCAAGGACAACAAACCCGAGCAGGCUCAUCUCCAGACUCGACUGCUCGAGAUGAACUUGGUCAACGCUCCUCAGGUCGCCGACGCCAUUCUCGGUAACGAGAUGUUCACUCACUACGAUCGUCCUCGGAUCGCCAACCUCUGCGAGAAGGCCGGCUUGCUCCAACGUGCUCUCGAGCACUACGAAGACAAUGCCGACAUCAAGAGGGUUCUUGUUCACACCAACCUUCUUCAGGCCGACUGGCUGGUCAACUACUUUGGAAAACUCACCGUGGAGCAGUCGCUCGAGUGUCUUUGUGAGAUGCUCAAGGUCAACAUCCGACAAAACUUGCAGGUGGUUGUUCAGAUCGCUACCAAGUACUCCGACUUGCUUGGUCCUGUCAAGCUCAUCGAGAUGUUUGAGUCGUUCAAGUCGUUCGAAGGCUUGUACUACUAUCUUGGUUCGGUUGUCAACCUUUCAACCGAUCCUGAGGUGCACUUCAAGUACAUUCAGGCUGCUACUCGUACUGGUCAGAUUCGGGAAGUAGAGCGUAUCUGCAGAGAGUCGAACUACUACAACCCGGAAAAGGUCAAGAACUUCCUCAAGGAGGCUAAGCUUUCUGAUCAGCUCCCGCUCAUCAUUGUCUGCGAUCGAUUCGAUUUCGUGCACGACCUCGUGCUUUACCUCUACCAGAACAUGCUAAUCAACUUCAUCGAGGUGUAUGUUCAGCGUGUUAACUCCUCGCGUACCCCUCAGGUCAUUGGUGGUUUGCUCGAUGUCGAUUGCGACGAGGGUGUCAUCAAGAACCUCCUUUCUUCCGUCACGGGACCUAUCCCGGUUGACGAGCUAGUUGAGGAGGUGGAGAAACGUAACCGUCUCAAGCUGAUCAUGCCUUGGCUCCAGUCCAAGAUCGAAGCUGGUUCCCAAGAUCAGCCUCUCUACAACGCCAUGGCCAAGAUUGCUAUCGAUAGUAACAACAACCCUGAAUCCUUCCUCAAGGAGAACAAUCUAUACGAUCCCAAGGUUGUCGGUAAAUACUGCGAGAAGCGUGAUCCCUACCUCGCCUACAUCGCCUAUGCUAAGGGUUUCUGCGAUGACGAGUUGAUCUCGAUCACCAACGACAACUCGAUGUUCAAACAUCAGGCUCGAUACCUUGUCAAGCGUCGACAGUUGGAUCUCUGGGCUCAAGUGUUGACUUCGGACAAUGUUCAUCGACGUCAGCUUGUGGAGCAGGUGUCUUCGACUGCUGUUCCCGAGUCGACGAAUCCGGAUGAUGUUUCGGCAACGGUGAAGGCGUUCAUGGCGGCUGAUUUGCCUCAUGAGCUGAUCGAAUUGUUGGAGAAGAUCAUUCUCGAGCCGUCGGCGUUCAGUGACAAUAGGAGCUUGCAGAAUCUUCUGCUUCUUACCGCGGUUCGUACGGAUAAGGGUAAGGUGAUGAAUUACAUCGAUCGUCUCGAUGGAUACGAUGUUGAGGAAAUCGCCAAAAUCGCUAUCGACCACGGACUUUACGAGGAAGCAUUCCGAAUCUACUCCAAGGCAGAACAGCAUCAAGAUGCGAUGAACGUUCUUGUCGAGCAUAUCGUUUCCAUCGAUCGGGGUCAGCAGUAUGCUAACAAGCUCAACAAACCUGCGAUCUGGUCUCGUCUCGGUAAAGCUCAGCUUGAUGGUUUGCGGGUCAAAGAUGCUAUUGACUCCUACGUCAAGGCGGAGGACCCGUCGAAUUAUGAAGAGGUGAUCGAAAUUGCCGAACAUGCCGGACGAGAAGAGGAGUUGAUCAGAUUCCUUCAAAUGGCUCGUAAGAAAGCUCGCGAACCCAAGAUCGAUACCGAAUACGCUUAUUGUCUUGCCAAGGCAAACAGGUUGGCUGAUAUGGAAGAGUUCCUUUCAAUGACCAAUGUAGCUGACAUCUUGAGUGUCGGUGAAAAGUGUUUCAACGAUGAACUCUACGAAGCUGCCAAACUCUUGUUCACCAGCGUGUCGAACUAUGCCAGGUUGGCUACCACACUGGUCUACUUGGGAGAUUAUCAAGGAGCGGUGGAUGCAGCUAGGAAGGCAGGAAAUACGAGUGUUUGGAAACAGGUUCAUGCGGCUUGUUUGAGUAAGAGGGAGUUUAAGCUUAGUCAGAUUGCAGGAUUGGCGAUCAUUCCUCAUGCGGAAGAAUUGCCUGGGUUGAUUAGAGCUUAUGAAGCAGAAGGAUUUUUUGAUGAGCUGUUGGUGCUGUUGGAGCAAGCAUUGGCAUUGGAAAGGGCUCAUAUGGGGGUCUUUACUCAAACUGGCGUUGCCCUUGCAAAGCAUAGACCGGAAAGAAUGAUGGAACACCUCAAGCUGUACUGGUCUCGUUCGAACCUUCCGCAGCUGAUUAAAGUUGCUGAGCAGUGUCAUCUUUGGUCGGAACUGGUUUAUCUUUACACCAAAUACGACGAGAUGGAUAAUGCUGCGUUGGCAACGAUGGAACAUGCUGCGGAUGCCUGGGAUCAUGAUCAGUUCAAAGCGAUCUUGCCUAAGGUUGCCAACGUCGAGAUUUAUUAUAGAGCUCUUACGUUCUACUUGGAACAGCAUCCCUUGUUGCUCAACGAUCUCUUGACGGUUUUGGCCAAGAGGAUCGAUCAUGGAAGGGUGGUGAGGAUGUUUAAGAAGAAGGAGAACGAUAAUGUUCCGCUCAUUCGAAGCUAUCUUAUGUCGGUCCAGGCGCAUAAUUUGGAAGCUGUCAAUGAUGCCUACAAUGAUCUGUUGAUCGAGGAGGAAGAUUUCGAGACGUUGCGAAGUAGCAUCGAUGGAUAUGAUAACUUUGAUGCUCUUUCGCUUGCUUCUCGUUUGGAGAAACACGAUUUGUUGGAGUUCAGGAGGCUGGCAGCUCAUCUGUACAAGAAGAACGGAAGGUGGAACGAGUCGAUUGCACUCAGCAAAACGGAUAAGUUGUUUAGGGAUGCCAUCGAGACGGCGGCGGUGUCGAACGAUGAAGCUGUUGCAGAAGAGCUUCUGGAGUAUUUCGUCGAGAUUGGCAACAAAGAAUGCUACGCAGCAACCCUCUUCGCUUGCUACGAUCUGAUCAGGCCAGAUGUGGUGAUGGAACUCAGCUGGAGACACGCACUCGCUGACUUUACCAUGCCCUAUCAGCUGCAGAGUAUGAGGCACCAAAACGAAAAGCUGAACAAACUCGAGAAGCAGGUCAAGGAGAGGGCAAAGAAGGAUAGCGAGAAGGAGAAGGAGGAGCAAGAUGCUCCCAUCAUCGGUCCCGGUGGUUUGGGCGCGCCCAAGUUGAUCACUGCCGGUGUGACGGGUAUGGGUGGUGGAGGGAUGGGUGGAUAUCCGAACAAUCUCAAUGGAGGCAUGUAUAUGCAGCCCACUGGGAUGUUCUAG